AUGGUCGAACGUGUCUUUGAUCGCUUGCCGUUCGAUAGUCUGCGCUGUUCUGAUGACUUCAUUGUUCAUAAGCGUCUUCUCAGUUCUGGGAUUUUGGAAAUCCCCUCACAGAUGAUUUGGCUAUUUCUGAAUGCUCUUUCCACUUUUAGACAGGGAAAACAGCUGGUGAAGUAUAUCGGUGACUUCUAUGACAAAAGCUAUGUGCCAGGCGGGGGAAGAAGUUCAGUGGUUUCUCUCGAUUGGUCCACAUUGCAUCCAGAGCUCCUCUUGGCUGCCUAUCAAUCGCAGACUCGUGAAGGCAGUGGCACUGGCGAUGGAAAUGGAUUUAGUGAGGUUGGUGUGGAGAGCUCAUGUUGUUGUGUAUGGAAUUUGAAGUAUCGACAGACGGCCCCGGAGUACGUCUUUACCUACCGAGUUGAUAUCACUGCGGCAACAUUGGCUGAGUUUAAUCCCGCUCUAGUGAUUGGAGGCACAAGGGGUGGACAGAUUGUCCUAUGGGAUAGCAGGGUGAACCGUCGAACCCCAGUGCAGAUGACACACCUAGCGGGAGAUGGUGCCGCACAUGUUGAGGCGAUAUGCGGUCUUGUAGAUACGGGCAAUCGCUUUUCCAAUAACAUUAUUAGCGUCUCCUCCGAGGGCCGCCUUUGCACCUGGGCUGUCGACAUGUUUGGUGCCCCCAUCCAAACCCUCGAUCUCACACCUUCCUCUGGCACAUCUGCUUCCUCCGGGGGUAUGAAGCGCUCCUCCAAUCCUAUCACACCUACCUGUCUUGCUCUUCUACCUGAUCCCGAUGCCAGUCGGUUUCUGGUUGGUUCACAGGAUGGUUCAGUGUAUGCUGGAUCGCGUCAUGGAAAGAACGCGGGCUUGACAGUCCAGUUUGAGGGUCACAGGGCACCAGUGACAGGUGUGUCAGUUUUAGCGGGCGCAGAGGUAGCGGCACUUUCAGACGGCGUUUCGGCUGUCACAGUGUGUGGGGUCGAAGGCCCCCUUUUCGUCACCACUGGAAUGGACUGCAGCGUGCGUCUUUGGAGCGUCCGCGAGUCACCCGCUUACCCCUUGUUGUCUUAUGAGGACCGCAAUGACUACUUUGUUGGUUGUGACGCUUCUCCUAUUCACCCCGGCCUCUUUGCUACCACCGAUUUGUCUGGGUGCCUGGACUUGUGGUCCCUCAACUCUGACCAUGAGGUUCCUACGGCGUCCACCCUAGUAGAGGGAGAUGCACUCCUGAAUCGAUGUCGAUUUCACAAAAAGGGCUUUCAUUUGGCUGUUGGUGGUGAUGAUGGUCGGGUUCGCCUCUUCGAACUGCAUGAGAACCUAGCAAUGCCAAAAUCAGACGAACAUGUUCAAUUGAAUCAUUUGAUUCGAAAGCUUUCAAACUCCGCUGCUGAGGAAUACGAUGUACAGAACCAUGCCUAUCGGUAUGGCCACGUCCGCUAA